UGUUUCAGAUAAUAAUGAACUUACCAUCAUCUCUAAGAAGAAACCUGUCAAUCACAGUCAUGCGCUCCUACUGUCACAAUAAACUCAUUUUGAUAAAAAUGAUUUUGCGGCUAUGACUCCUCAAGUCACAACAUAUUAAACACGUCAAUAAUAUUUAAUUUACUAAUUUAUUCUAGUCUAAAAUUACUACUUUUGUAGUUGCAUUAACUAGUUGUAAGUUACCUUGUGGUGCCAAAAUCGAAAAAUCCUAGUCUAUUUUGACCUAACAAAAUGGCAGUAAUAGCUUUGCCGGCCAUAUUAGCAGCUGUUAAGGGUGGCGUUGGACUGAUUGGUGCAGGGAAAAUCGCCAUCUUGCCAUUCCUCAUAGCCGCGAUGACGUAUUUCCAUUACGACCAAUUUGAUCCCGAGAACAAACCAGUUGAUCGAGACGAGGUGGACGCCUGGUACGACUUUGUAAUCGUGGGAGGAGGCUCAGCCGGAUCUGUGUUAGCAAAUAGACUGUCAGAGAUAUCUAGCUGGAAGGUGUUGCUACUAGAAGCUGGCGGACAAGAGACGGAAAUCAGCGACGUGCCGAUUCUAAGUCUGUAUUUGCACAAGAGCAAGUUGGAUUGGGGUUACAAAACUGAACCGUCAGACUCUGCCUGUCAAGCGAUGGUAGAGAAACGUUGUAGUUGGACAAGAGGAAAAGUCCUCGGUGGCUCUUCGGUACUGAAUACGAUGCUUUACAUAAGAGGAAAUCGCAGAGACUUUGACCGAUGGGCAGCUUAUGGUAAUCCAGGAUGGUCUUACCAGGAUGUAUUACCAUAUUUCAAGAAAAGCGAAGAUCAGAGAAAUCCCUAUUUGGCAAAAGAUAAGAGGUACCAUGCUACAGGCGGAUAUCAGACGAUCCAAGAUGCUCCCUACAAUACACCACUAGGAAUUGCGUUCUUGGAGGCCGGGGCAGAAAUGGGUUAUGACAUCAGGGACGUCAAUGGAGAUAAACAGACUGGAUUUGCACUGUGGCAGUACACGAUGAGGAGAGGAGCCAGAUGCAGUGCAGCCAAAGCUUUCCUAAGGCCAAUCAGGUUAAGGAAAAAUCUGCAUAUAUCCAUGUACUCCCACGUAACCAAGAUUCUCAUAGAUCCAGCAACCAGGAGAGCAUAUGGUGUGGAGUUUCUGAAAAACGGAAUCAAAAGAAGGGUGUUGGUUAGAAAAGAGGUGAUUCUAUCCGCGGGAGCCAUAAACUCUCCUCAUUUACUGAUGUUGAGUGGAGUUGGCCCCGCUAAUCAUUUGAAAGAAAAGGGAGUUCCUGUUAUACAUGACUCGCCAGGAGUUGGUAAGUUUGUAUUGGAAAAAGAUUGGACGUGAUAUACAGAGCAACGUUCUUCUCUCUGUCUUCUCUUUCAAGCUUGAAGUAAUAAAUUGUGUCCCAACUGG